CCGAACGUGCCUACGUAAAGACGUUGUUGAGGAAGUGAACACGUGGGUCGCGUGCGUUCACGCUUUUCAGAAAGGUUCAGGCCUUUUCACGUUUUUGUUGAAAGUGAUCCUGUUGUUAGCAGUUCUCUAUCAUUAUGGCUGUCCGAGCAUCCUUUGAGAAGAAUAAUGAAAUCGGCUGUUUUGCAAAGCUCACCAACACUUACUGCUUAGUGGCAAUAGGUGGCUCAGAAAACUUCUACAGUGUCUUUGAAGGAGAACUUUCAGAAACGAUACCUGUUGUGCAUGCAUCUAUAGCAGGAUGCCGGAUCAUUGGGAGGAUGUGUGUAGGAAACCGCCAUGGACUUCUCGUGCCCAACAACACAACAGAUCAGGAGUUGCAGCACAUGAGGAACUCCUUGCCAGACACUGUGCGCAUUCAGAGAGUGGAGGAGCGACUUUCUGCACUCGGAAAUGUCAUUUCUUGCAAUGACUAUGUGGCUCUAGUUCAUCCUGACCUUGACAGGGAAACAGAAGAGAUUCUGGCAGACACCCUAAAAGUGGAGGUGUUCAGGCAGACAGUGGCAGAGCAGGUGCUCGUGGGUAGUUAUUGUGCCUUUAGCAACCAGGGAGGCCUUGUGCACCCGAAAACAUCUAUUGAAGACCAAGAUGAACUUUCAUCACUCUUGCAAGUACCUCUAGUUGCUGGUACUGUAAACCGUGGCAGUGAGGUGAUUGCCGCAGGCAUGGUGGUGAAUGACUGGUGUGCCUUCUGUGGUUUGGAUACAACAAGCACAGAGUUGUCAGUCAUUGAGAGUGUAUUCAAGCUGAGCGAAUCUCAACCAAGCACCAUAGCUCCCAGCAUGAGGGACUCGCUCAUUGACAGCCUGACAUAAAUUCAGCACGGUUGUAACGUUUUGGAGAUGGGUUGAAAACAAGACCGGGUUGUGGACGUCACCAUUAAGGGCAACAUUUUUGUCUGUUCCUGGACAAGUCUCUAGGGAUACACUUAAACUCACUCUUUGUAUUGUUUUAUAUUGUAUAAACUGAUGUAAAUCUAAAUUUGUGAAGUUUCCACGCUAAAUCUGCAGAAUUCAACAUUCAAAUGCAAGGGAAUGUUUACCAUGUAAAAUCUUGGUAAACAUUGAGUUGAGUUUUAAUGUUGCUUUCAUUUUGUCACUGUACUGUUAUAUCAUUAAAACUUUGGGCAACACUCA